ACAUAUUUUCAUUGCAGGUCCUCCUUCAAAUGAAGCCCUGGACAUCCACCUAUUUUUCCUUCAGCUUGAGUAAUCCUGCCUCUCUAGGGUGAAUUUCCAUCUACACCUACGAUUGUAGCUUCUCAUUUGUCCUUUUUCCUUUUGGGGAUAGAGAUCUUAAACUUUGACUCAAUUUAUUGAUCUGUAUUCUGAUCAAUUUUCAGAAAAUACAUAGCAUUACAUUUAGCCUUUCUGAAUUAAGAUCUGGUUACGUAUCCUUUUGUGAAAUGGUGGCAAAUUUUUGUAUGUUCAGCAUUAAAACCCUGCAAUUAUCAAAUUAUGAUAACCAGGCAUGGCGUUUUCGUCACCGAGGAUAUAAUUAUGAGCAUUGCCAAGCAUUAUGAAACUGGAGAAAGUCUUCCCGAAGACGUAUGCUUAAGCAUUAUUCCAGCAAGGACAUUUAGGGGAGGUUCACAGCUACUUUGUCAGCUGCGCUAUGCUGGCGUUGAUUUGGAGCUUCACUCAAAUUAUGUACCAGGUGGACCAGAGUCUAUAUAUGAUAUUGAUCAAAGAGUAGGGAAAAAGACACACAUAAUCCCACUACUUCCAGAGGACAGAUGUCUUUGUAGUUUUGAUCACAUCAUCUCUGAUAAAUAUGCAGCAGGAGAUUACAGUUAUCAGUGGGCCGAGGUGUUAGCUUAUGAUGUCUUUGCGGCAUUUGAGGAGGCUGGGUUGGACAAUGACCAAACUCUUAGAGAAAUUGGCACCAGAUUUCGAGAAACGGUCCUCGCUCUUGGAGGAGGAAAAUUGCCCAACGAGGUUUUCCUAGAGUUUCGUGGACGUGAACCUUUGCCUGAUUCAUUUCUUCGCUACAAUGGCUUACUGCCCGCCAUUAUUGCAGCUUGAGCUGAGUAGAAAUAGCCAAUUUCUGGUUACAGAGUAGUGGCAAGGUGGAGCAUUUUGUUGUGUUCUAAUGCACUAUAAACAGUAACUUUAAUAAGUUUCAUAUAGGGCUUAUAAUUUACUCAUAAAGCAGCCGAAUACUAUAUAACUUUGCUUUAACUUGAGCUAUGUAUAAAGAGCGAUUGCUGUAAUUCACCUUUUCUACUUAAGAUGCAAUGGGAAAAACUCACGGUCAAUUU